GUUAUUGACUGCGUAAGCAGUACGCGCUGUGGGAAACCUGACUAGCCGCAUGGCUGCGGGUAGCUCAGCGUCUCCGCGGCCGAAGGCGGCCUCAGAAGGGCCGGUGGUGGGGCCGGCCGGCGUCUUGCCUUGCCUAGAAUUGCCUACCUACGCGGCCGCUUGUGCGCUUGUGAAUAGCCGCUACUCCUGCCUGGUGGCGGGGCCGCACCGAAGACACAUCGCACUGUCGCCGCGCUACCUUAACAGGAAACGCACCGGUAUCCGAGAACAGCUCGAUGCCGAGCUCCUGCGCUAUUCCGAGAGCCUUUUAGGUGUACCCAUUGCUUAUGAUAACAUCAAAGUAGUUGGUGAAUUAGGAGAUAUUUAUGAUGAUCAAGGACACAUUCAUCUUAACAUUGAAGCAGAUUUUGUUAUUUUCUGCCCUGAACCAGGGCAAAAACUUAUGGGUACAGUUAAUAAAGUGUCUUCCAGCCACAUUGGCUGUUUAGUACAUGGGUGCUUCAAUGCCUCCAUUCCUAAACCUGAACAGAUGCCAGCCGAGCAGUGGCAGACUCUGGAGAUAAACAUGGGUGAUGAACUAGAAUUUGAAGUAUUUCGUUUAGACUCAGAUGCUGCUGGAGUAUUCUGCAUUCGGGGAAAACUAACUAUCACUAGUUUACAAACCAAGUGCUCUGCAGUUUCUGAAGAAGUAACAGAAACUGGCACUGAAGAAGCUACUGAAAAACCUCAAAAGAAGAAAAAGAAAAAGAAGACCUACCCAGAGCCAUAUGAAGUGGAAGGUGGUACCACAGAGCUAGCAGAUUUUUCAGAUGUUACCAUGACGGAAGAGACAGAUCUGCAGAUUAAUAACAAUGUGAAUGGCCUCUGGGAGGAAGAGCCGAAGAAGAAGAAGAAGAAGAAGAAAAAGCACCAGGACCCUGUUUUCCAAGGCAGUGACUCCAGUGGUUACCAAAGUGACCAUAAAAAGAAAAAAAAGAAAAGAAAGCACAGUGAGAAAGCUGAAUUUACACCACUUUUGGAACAUGCACCUAAAAGAAAAGGGAAAAGUAAUUUUCUUCAGUGCAUUUUACAUAUGAUUUGGUUUUUUAAAAAUUGAUUUACACAAAACAGAUGACUAGAGUUUGAACUAUGAAAUGUUUUGUAUUCCAAUACUUUGCAAAACAGGGAACGUUUGAUUAGGAGUUGAGUUUUUGGUGCUAAAAUUACAAAAUGAUAAAUUUGGGAAAUGCCAGUAUUAUUAAAGUGCCAUUUUACUGUAUACAGAA